AGUAUCUCACACAAGAACAGAAUCGUUAAAAGGAUACUAGAUAACCUCUCACGAGAGCUAAGGUAGGUAAUUUAGAAAAAAACUGUCGCUUAAUUUGUUACCAUCGGGAAAAUAAUAUACUAUCCAGUAUCCAUUCCAGUUUUUAGGUCUCUUUCCAUUUUAAAAAUCUUAACAAUGGAACUGCGAAUGUUCUAAACGUCCAAAGAGCAGUUAGAGUGACUAUAAGAUUUAUCAUUCUCAAAAUGUAGUUGAUAUCUGUGUUUACAUUUCCUAUUUUCCCGACGGUAAAAGCCUUAAUUUUUUCAAUGGUUACAUGGUGUCAGAUUUCAUUCAAACCAUGCAGCUACUACCUCAGUAAAAUAGAACGAUUUUAUCCUUGGAUUUAUUGGUUCAUCUUCCUCUCACCCAGAAAUUGUCUUUCUCGUAGACCAAUAAUGCUAGGAAACCGGUUAACCCUUCAAUUCCUAUGUGCACUUCUGCUCAUCCUCGCUACAUUUGUUAGCGACAGCGAUGGUAUAUGGACUACUCGAUUUGGCCGAAGUAUCGUCAAAAAAAGAACUUUCCCCUAUAGAGAUAUAGCUACUCUGAUGGCGAGAGAACAACUCAGAUCCUACAAUGAAUGGGAAAGACCCGCACUGAAUGCGAGAAACAUGGAAUCAGAAAGGUACGUACUCCUUAGCACUCCUGAAAAAUCUCGUUGGGUUUGUUUAAGCCACAAGCAAAUAAAUUCUGUUUAAAAUUUUCUUUAGCUAAGGCAGGUAGGAAAGAAAUUGACUGAAACUGGCCGGGGGUUUUGAAGUUGACUACGGGAUAAAAAAAAGAAAAAAAAGAUCAUGAAAAGUCACCUCGUUUUUUCUAUCACAUUGGAGUGCUGAAAAAUAAUAUGUCUUUCCUUUGUUGCUCAGGGGACAUGUGCAUCAGCGACGGUCGCGUAGUUUACAAAAAAUUGGGGGAAAUUUUCUUAAUACUGGCCCUCAGGCUUUGCUAUAGUCAUAACUGACCGGGCGUUUAUGCCUCAGUUCUUUCGCUUGAAAGUGAACCAUUUGCUGUGAAGAUUCAGAAUUCCGUCAACCCAUUUUAAUCUUAUGGGCAGCAUGAUUUAAUAAAAGCAUCCUUGCGAGUGUGUUUUGAUCAUGACAAAUUCUUCUGUAGCUGAAGAAUGUGUUUCCACAGUUAAAUCAAUUUUCCUGGAAAAUACAGAAGUGUCUGGGAGCUCCUUGAGUACCGGCUGGGAGGUAAUUACUUAAACUGCAGAAUACUAUGCAGACGGCUGAUCACCAGAUUCAAUUAAGUCUCCUCGCUGAAUUUUACUUCUGACUCUGAGUGCAGACUCGAUCCAUGAAAGUCAUCUGUGAAAAUCCGUGUCAUAUUGUUGGAAAACUUCUAUGGACGAAGGCGAAAACCAAAAAAAAGGGUGACGUCACAAAAAUCCAAGAUUGUCAAAUUAUGGGAUUGGUUAGCAUAUUCACAAAGAAAAAGCUGAAAAAAGCCCCUUGCCAAAAAUGAGCCUGUUAGUGCAAAUUGAUGAGGAGAUAAAAGCACCGGUUUGCUCUGAUGACUCCUUACAAAUAGCGCUAACCACCAGAUAAAUCACUAUCCAGCGGAUAAGUAUCAGGGAAACCAAUUGCGCUCUGUGUAUCCGGUGGAUAACGCUAUCCACCUUUUGAGCAACUAGGGACAAGCCUAUUUCAGAAGGAUUUAUCAGGCGUCAUUGGAGCAUAACGUUGCCAAGAGAGGAUAAAGGAGACAGAGAAGGCAUCCCCCAUACACACCCUAUUCCAUAGGUAAUUCGUCUCGAGUUAUUUUUAGAAUCGGGAUAAAGUUACCUCGCACGCUGCGUGGAUGUUUCGUGAAGGUUUCGCAUGACUAAACGCCGUGCAAAACAUGUCGGAAAAAAGGCAAUGAAAGCUUAAAGAGAUCGAGAGCAUUUCUGAAUAUUGAAGCGAAAUGGGUCGGCGUUCACCUGGGAAAAGGGAAUCGCUGGACUCUUUGACAACCCGUGAAAUCAGUUUAACUCGAAGUUGUCGUAACCUCAGUGCUUUAAUAAAAUGAGAAAUUUCGCCGGUCGUUUGUACAAUAAAGCAAGUAGGACACCAAGUGUUAUUUUUGUUGAAUAAUAAAAGACUAAUAAAAGAAUAAAUAUCAAACCACAAAUUGCUCUCUUUAAACUGUAAAUUAUAAAUGAUCCUCAGAGAAUAUUCAGUGUGUUAAGGAUUUCCCUGCAGUACUGUUAGCUCUAUACAAGAGAAGAAGGGUGAUUCUUUUUUAAUUUCCGUUUCGCUGACACAGCUUUAGUGGAAAUCUCUCUUUAGUCGUUUUCGUCGACAAAACGAAUAGCAAUAUCGCUCUCCGCGUCUUCCACCAUUUUUUUCAGCGUCAAUUCGCGAAGGACGCGUGGCUCUGAGCGUGGUUCAUCCACGCGGGACAAAUUCGCGCUAUGUGAUUGGCUGUUGUCUAAUCCCCGUUGGGAUCUGUGGUCUUAAAAAUAACUCGAGACGAAUUACCUAUGGAAUAGGGCGUGUAUGGGGGAUGCCUUCUCUGUCCCCUUUAUCCUCUCUUGACGUUGCUUAAUAUGCAGUCGAAGCUCUCGUAAGCGAACACCUAAGAAAUUUGUUUAAUGAGUGUCUUAAAAUCUGAUAUAGACACGUCUAAACUUUACAUUCUUAUUUUUUAAGACCAAAAUAACGCCAUUAAAGGGUUGAUUUAAAUGAAUAUGACUGUGAGUGGUCGCUUACGAGAGCUUAACCCUUAAAUCCUAAUAUCAAAUUUCAAAUUCUCAUUUGUUAUCCCUAUACGUUUUCAAUAGAAGUAGAGGGGAGAAUUGGUUGAAGUGUCAACUAGAUUCACCUUUUUGCGAUCACCUCCUCAAUUCUCCUGACCUCUGUAUUUUAUAAAGCAGUGAUAUUACAAGGAGAAAUUUGAUGCUGAUCACUCGUAGGGCUUAAAGGGUUAAAAACAAAGAAGAAGGUUCAGUUGGGUAAUCCCAAAAUUGGUCGCGGUUGCUUAAGAGAACUAGUACGUUUACUUUUACUUUUCAUUACAAAGUAUAAGUCACAGUUCAAACGGGGUUUCACAAAGGCUGUCGUAACUAGAGCUGUAUUUUUACGAUAGUGGUCACGAGGAGAGCUUCGACUUUAUCUCCUCACCAAUUUACCUCAACAGGCUGAUUUUUGGUAAGUGAACAUCAUUCAUCUUGUUCUUUCCGGAUUUACCAACCAAUACCAUAAUUUCACAAAUUUAGUUUUUGUGAUGUCAUCACUUCUUUUCUCUAUUGUAAAUCUGUCGAUCAAACUUAUGGAACCGUUUUUGGAAAAAUAAAGUUAAUUGUUCUUACAUUUUUGUUUCUUAUCUUUAGGUAUGUCCCAAUUGACGAGCCAAAUAAAGGGGGCAAAGAAACAGAUUUUGAAUGAACUGAAACGUUG